AUGGGCCCCUGUACCGCCUCCUCAUGCUGCUGCCAGGCCCGUAAUCUGCCAUGGGCCCCCGUACCGCCUCCUCAUGCUGCUGCCAGGCCCGUAAUCUGCCAUGGGCCCCCGUACCGCCUCCUCAUGCUGCUGCCAGGUCCAGAGUGUCUCAUGGGUCCCUGUACGGCCUCCCAUUGCUGCUGUCUCCAUCGCCACACUCUGCCAUGUGCCACUUUCAGGUCUCCUCACACUGCUGGUGGGUUCCAUUUUUGUCAUAGGGUGCUGUAUGGCCUCCCAUUGCUGCUGCCUCCACCGCCACACUGUGGCUCCACACUCUGGUUUUGGCCCCGUGACUGCCCAAAUGAGUGAAGUGUGCGGUGAUUCUAAGAUCGACGGCACUCAUCUGCAUGUCAUACUGACUGACAGUAUUAUUUCUCUUCCCCAGCAGACUCCAAGGGCAUUUAUAAAUUAAAGGUACAGUGUUCUGCACUAAUAUGA